AUGCCCGUCACCAUCCAGACAGCCGAUCAUGCCCCAAGGCCAUGGUCCAGACCAUCAGAUAAAGCCACAUCGGCAAAGAUGCUUCUCGAGGCAUCGUGCCCGAAGGAGCAUAAACUCUGCAAGGCCAUCUUCCAAAGUUCCUUCAAGACAAUCGCAUCAUCCCACAUCUGGCCAUCCCCCAAUAGUCUCGUCUACGCCGCCCACGCUGCCUAUAGCAACCACCAUCACCUAACCAUCCGGCCCGAGGAUGUCUGGUUUGCCAUUCUCACGCAAUUAAAUUUCUACAUCAAUGCACACGCUGAAGAGCUGCGGUCCCUUUUUGUAAAGCAUGAGGGCAAAGAGGAGGCCAAGGUGGAAGUCGCCGGCACCAUUCAUACCGUUGACUUUGGAGAACUGGCUGUGAUGAUGACGGAUGAGAUGGAGAAGCAGAUCGUCGACCCGGAGCUGAAAUCCUGGAUUCUGCCCGACUUCACGACAACCGAGACUGUGGACACAGUCACAGCUGCAAUCCUAAUGAUGGGCAGCAUGCAGUCAUAUUUCCAUUACACCAUGUCUCUUAGGUGUGGUAUCCCAUCUGUCACUCUCCUAGGCCAAAGGGAAGAUUGGGUCAAGAUCCGUAACCGCCUCGACAAGAUCAAACAAUUUGGUGCUGAACCAACCGUGUUCGCUAAGCGUUUGAUCACGGUUGUGAAUAACCUGAUCAUCGCCUUUGACAAGCCAAAAGAUCCUUCCGUUAAGGAGUUUUUCGGUAAGAUUGCUCACUGGAGGGCUGGUGGCUCAGGACCUUCGUGGCUCUCUGGGUGGAUCACGGCAUUCUGCGCCUGGGGCCCUGAUGGCACUCCGGUUAGAAGCGCGGGGUUCCGUGCAGAUAGCGUGGUCUGUGAUAUUGACGGAACGAAGUUCCUGCUGGUGGACACGAUGGAUAUCCCCUCUGGAUUUGCUUCCGUGCCUGUAAAGGUGGACGAUAAUGGCCGCAUCUAUAAAACGAAAAUGGUUGCUGGGUCCGUUGCUAUAUCGGUUACCAGCAGCGGCCAAAAGUUGGACCAGUCAGAUAUGCGGAGCGAGAACGAGCAAGAAGUAGGGCUUGAUUCGCUUCAGCCCGUAACGGGGUGGUGGAUGUUUGAGCUCACUGACUAG